UGAUUCCUAUUGGGGGGUUGGGAGAAGGGGGGGACCUGGUCCCUCUUUGGGAGGGGUUGGGCAGCUCAGAUCCCCCCCCCUAAAAAGCCCAGGAGGGGCUGAGGAUUUGGGGGUGCCCCGGGGGGGUCUGGAGAGAGGGGGCGCACUCGGCAUCGGCUCCCCUUCCUCCUCCAAGGACAAGAGAGCCGUGAAGGGUAAAGGGGGUGGGGGUCAGGUUGGGGUGGGGGUCAGGUUGAGGCGAGGGGGGGGGUGCCCCACUUUGCACCUCAGAGGCCGCCUCCGAGCCCCCCCAACCCACCCGCCCCCCACGCCGUAGGGCCCAAGGAAACAAAAGUCUGGGUUGGUUGCAGUUUCUUCCCCACCCCACCCCACACCACCACCCCCCCAUGGAAGAGACCGUGACCCACGGCGGAUCCCACGCAGCCCCAUGGCUACCCAGCAGCCUGCAGAGUAGCUGAAGCGGGAGGUAGCCAAUGUCGUCCAGCAAAGGGGCGGGGGCUGGAUCUCGCCGGCGCCGGACGCGGUGCCGUAAGUGCAAGGCCUGCCAGCGGACGGAGUGCGGCGAGUGCCACUUCUGCAAGGACAUGAAGAAGUUCGGGGGCCCGGGGCGCAUGAAGCAGUCCUGCCUCAUGAGGCAAUGCACGGCGCCCGUCCUGCCUCACACGGCCGUGUGCCUGCUCUGCGGCGAGGCCGGGAAGGAGGACACGGUGGAGGGGGAGGAGGAAAAGUUCAACCUGUCGCUCAUGGAGUGCUCCAUCUGCAACGAGAUCGUGCAUCCCGCCUGCCUCAAGAUGGGGAAGGCGGAAGCUGUGAUUAACAAUGAGAUUCCCAACUGCUGGGAGUGCCCCAAAUGCAAACGAGAAGGGAAAUCAAACAAGGACUCGGGCGGUGACGGGGCCGGGAAGCGCCGGGCGGACAACGGGGAGGAUGGGGUGCGGUGGAAGCUGACAGACGAGCUGGCCCAGCACAAGAAGAAGCUGCUGCCGGCCCCGCCCCCCACGGAAGAGCCCCCCGCCAGCGCCCACAAGCGCAAGAAGGAGAAGGAGCUGCCACCCCCCGACAUGGGGCCCAAGAAGAAGUUGAAAGGCGGGCGGGAAAAACACUUGAAGAAGGCCUCAGAGCAGCCGUCGGAGGGGAACAAGCUGCAGCCGCUGCCGAGCUGGGGCCGCGUGGGGAGCGGCGACUUGGAGGUGAAAGGCUCCAUCUCCCACUCGACCAUCCGCCUGAGCCAGAUCGGCCCCAGCGACCUGGAGAAAACCAAGGCACCUCAGGGACCGCUGGAGCCUUCUGCCCAGUCGGACAAGUCUCACCAGCGGGAGAAGCUGGAGCGCUUCAAGCAGAUGUGCCAGAUGUUGGAGCGGGUCAAGAACAGCAGCAGCUCCAGCUCCAGCUCCGACUCGGACUCGGACACGGACUCGCGGGGCUCGGAGGGCUCCAGUGGGGGCGGGGGCUCCAGCCGGGCCGCCUCGCCCGCCUCCCGGGCCCAGCGCCUGGCCGCCCUCGGCUUCAGCGCCAGCGAGGAAGAGGACGAGGAGGACGAGGAGGAGGAGGAGGAAGGCCGCAACGGGGGCUCGGAGGCGGCUCGCAACGGCAAGCAGCCCAAGGGGCCGCGGGCGAACUGUCAGGAGAAAGAGAACCACCACCGAGCCGCCAGCAGGGGGAGCGAGCGAGCCAAGCAGCAGGCCGGGGGCCGGAAGGGCGGCCGGCCGGCCGGGCAGACAGGCCUGCACAUGGUGGCCCGGACUCAGUUCCUCCAGUGGCCUCUGGUGCCCUCGCCCCCCAAGCCCCUGCUGCAGUUAGAGCGGCACGUGGUGCGCCCGCCCCCCGACAGCCCCGAGCCGGACUCACUGCCCCUGGACAGCGGCUCGGACCAUGUCAUGCAGCGCGACGUCUGGCUGGCCGUCUUCCAGCACCUCAGCUACCGCGAGCUCUGCGUCUGCAUGCGGGUGUGUCGGACCUGGAGCCGAUGGUGCUGUGAUAAGCGCCUGUGGACCCGCAUCGACCUGAGCCGCCGGAAAUCGAUCACCCCGUCUAUGCUGAGCGGCAUCAUCCGCCGGCAGCCGGCCAGCCUCGACCUCAGCUGGACCAACAUCUCCAAGAAGCAGCUGAUGUGGCUUAUCAACAGGCUACAGGGCCUGCGGGAGCUGGUCCUGACGGGCUGCUCGUGGUGCUCCGUCUCGGCGCUGAGCACCGCCAGCUUCCCCUCGCUACGGCUGCUCGACCUGCGCUGGAUCGAGGACGUCAAGGACUCGCACCUCCGGGAGCUGCUGCUGCCACCCACGGACAGCAAGCCAGGUCAGACCGAGAGCCGGGGCCGGCUGCAGAAUGUGUCCGAGCUGCGCCUGUCGGGGCUGGACAUCACCGACUCCUCGCUGCGCCUCGUCGUCCGCCACACGCCCCAGCUCGCCAAGCUGGACCUGAGCCACUGCAACCACGUGGGUGACCAGUCCGUCAACCUGCUGACCGCUGCUAACUCCCCCCUCCGCGACAGCCUCGCCGAGAUCAACCUCUCUGGGUGUAACCGCCUGACGGACCAGUGUCUGCCUCUCUUCCGACGCUGCCCGCGCCUCUCCCGCAUCGAUCUGCGCUCCUGCCGCCACGUCACCCCCGAGGGCUGCGCCCGCUUCUGCGAGGACUCCGGGCCCCCGGCCCCGCCAGCCGGGCCCCCCUUCCGCUGCCCCGAGGAGAAAUUGCUGAUCAAAGACAGCUAAUAGCCGGGCGGGGCCAGGCUGCGCCAGAGACUUGAAGAGAGACCUUUUACUAAAGCCAUGCACUGAAUCAUGGGGGGGCCGGGGGCCUUCCGGGGCAGGGAGGGAGCCAAGGGGGACCCGCUCUCCACCCAUCUCUGAUUUGGGAGGGGAUCCCAUUUGGGGGUGUCUGGGGGGGGCUGAUUGGAGUUGGUACUGCCCCUGGGGGGAGGCUGUGGAAGCCAGGAUUCCGGGGGGAGGGGUGCACUGGUACUGGUGGGCACAUCUCCUCCCCCCUUUAAAAAAUCGCGCCCCCCCCCCCAGCUCCUCAGCGUGCUGCCUUUGGAAUUGGUUGUAUCCGUUGCCAAGUGUGUGGCUACUGGAUCUGGGCACCCCCCCAACCACCACCGCACCACCUCUGUGGGGGGGGGGCUCUAGCACUGAUGGUUUAUCCCCACCCCCACACACUCUCGCACUCCCUGGGGGCAGCCCCGCCCAUGCCCGAUGCCCUGCCCCCCCCUCAGAUCCACCAGCUUUAAAUAACCACUUGCGGGGGCAGCGUCUGGAUUUCCUCCCGGGGUGGGGGGCCCUCCUAAUGCCCCUCCCCCUUCAGCUUGAGUGGGGAGGGGGCACGGAUCCCCCUCUCCGGCCCCAAAACUUGAACCUCCUUUUUCGAAAUGGUUACGCUUCCCCCUGGCUCCUCCCACUUGGGGGAAGGGGGCGUGGCUUUGCGCGGCAGGGCAGCGGUUCUACCUGUGGAUCAGGGGAGGGGGUGGGGCACCCUGGUCCGGGCCCCAAGGAGAGGGGUGUCAGGCCCAUCAGACCCCCCCCCCCAUAUGGGGUGCACAUGAUCAGUUCCACUUUGGUUUGAGGGGUGUGGUGGGGCGGGCUGGCAGUGGGGAGACCCCCCCUCCCCCCCCAGGCCCAGAUUUGGGCAGCUGGGGGAGGGGGAGGGUGGCAUCCUCUCUCUGUGGGGCAGCUGUUGGGGGGCAGCCGUCCCUCUGCGCAUCUGGGAGGUUGGGGGGCGGGGCAGGCGACCUUUCUUUUGAUACUUGAAACCUUCCCCCCGCACCCCCCGGCUAACGCGUUACUUGAAUCGUAGCUGUAGGUUCUGUCGUCGGAGGCGAAAGACGCAAAGAAAAAGGUAUUUCCCGCCCCUCCCCCAUUUUUGUUUCUGUUCAGUGUUUAAAGGCCAAGGAAAUGUCGGGGGGUCAUCCCCCCCCAAUCCCCUGGGGCAUCCUCUCCCAGGGGGCGGCGAUCUGUUGGUGCUGGGGGGCAGCGUAGAGCUGGUGGUGGGGGAUGUCUGUGGGGCUUGAUGGGGGAUCCUCAAGGCUGGGUCUCUUUUGGGGCGUGCCCCCCCCCAUCAGUUGGGAUGCUGGCUGUAAAGGGUUAAGAGGAAUCUGGAGCGGGGGGAGUUCCCCCAUAGCGCCCCCCCCAUCAGUGACUCCCCGUUCCUGUCCAGUUCUCCCUGUUCCUUCGAGCGUCACACACUCCAUGCGGACCCAGGUGUCUGGGCCACUUCCCGGCCUUUCCUCCUGGCGGGGCCGGGGCUUGGAUAACCCUCCCUCCCUCCCCAGGAUCGGGGGCGUGGGUCCCUGGGUCCAGCCUGGCUCUGUCUUGGUUCAUUUUCAGCGGAUGUUUUUAUGGAAAAUGCCUCAGGUUUAAAAGAAAGAAAGUUUAAAUAUUAGAGCGAAAAUCCCACCAGGCACGUUGGGCUUAACCGCUGCUGCUACGGGGUGGGGCAGAGGGGGGAGUAUUGGGAAGGUCAGACGGAGCUGAGAGACGGACGGGUCCCACAGACAGACGGGCAGAACCUAGAGAGAGAGAGACAGAUGGACACAGCGAUCUCAUGGACGGAUGGACGCGGCGAUCCCAUGGUUGGAUCCCACAAAUACGCGGCAGUCCCUCAGAGAGAUCCCCCAGACGGACGGACAGGGCGAUCCCACAGACAGAUCCCACAGACACGCGGCAGUCCCUCAGAGAGAUCCCCCAGACAGAUGGACACAGCAGUCCCACGGACCGAUAUCACAGACAUGUGGCAGUCCCUCAGAGAGAUCCCCCAGACAGACGGACACGCGGUGAUCCCGUAGCCAGGUCCAGUAGACAGACAGACCCAUGUGGCGAUCCCAUAGACAGACAGACAUCCUACAUACAGAGAGCUUCCCCCCGAACCGAGCCAGUUUCCCUAGCGAGUGAGCCGGCCCCUACCCAGAGACACAAACCCUUCCCCUGCUCAGCCCUGGUUGCCCCCACGUUCCUCCUAGGGUAACCCAGACGCCCACGGAUCCCCCCACCCAUUUCCCCCGGGAGCCACCUUAAAGACGAAUCUCUCCCCUCGCUGUGCUGGGAAUCGCAUCCGCUGUGUGAGCUGCAGCCACUAGAUGGCGACAUCGUUCUCACACGUUUCCUGGUCGUCGUUCCCCCCCCCGGUUUCCCUCUAGACCGACUCCAACCCCAGCCAAGGACCAAAGUUUUUCCUUCCCCCACCCUCCCUGGGUUUCAGAAAUAACCAACCUCUCCUACCACCCGCCCCCCUCCCCAGUUCUCCUUUGGGCCAGCCCCUCUGUGAGCCCUGACAGCCACUCAGAGCAAGGGUGGACCGGAAAAAACCGACUCGGAGCCUGACUUCAGGUGUUCUGCAUUGUACUAUACUGUUUGCGAUAAAAAAGGAAAAAAACAAAAUCAAAAAAAGAAA